AUGGCCUUCCAUUAUGUCAGCGUCACGUGUGCCGAAAAAGUGGCCAUAAACAGUGUUCCAAGGCCGCUGCCGGAGGACCUGGGCCCUGCACGCGACUUCUACCGUGUACACUCCUCUUCUUCCCUCGGCCUUUUUUUUUUGGAUCAAAGGAGCAUCAUGGCUUCCCUGGGCGAGGAUUUGCUCGUUACCGUGAAUAAGCUCCAGGACCUGGUGUUCAACACCAUUGGAAAUGACUCCCUAGAUCUGCCCCAAAUCGUCGUGGUUGGUUCGCAAUCAUCCGGAAAGUCUUCAGUCUUGGAGAACAUAGUUGGGAGGGACUUCCUGCCCCGAGGCAGUGGGAUUGUUACUCGGCGGCCACUGAUUCUCCAGCUUAUCAAUGUCCCCAGUGAACGCGACGACAAGCCCGCAUCCGAUGAGAUCCACAUCCCACACACGGCCGCGAGUGUUGCCGGUCAGCACGAGUGGGCGGAGUUUCACCACCAACCGGGGCGCAAGUUCGAGGACUUUGCGCAAGUGAAGGCGGAGAUCGAAGCGGAGACGGCAAGGAUCGCGGGAAGCAACAAGGGCAUCAACAGACAGCCGAUCAACUUGAAGAUCUUCUCCCCUCAUGUGCUGAACCUGACACUGGUCGAUUUGCCUGGACUGACGAAGGUGCCUAUUGGCGAUCAACCCUCCGACAUCGAGAAACAAACGCGCACCCUGAUCCUGGAGUACAUCGCCAAGCCCAACAGCAUAAUCCUCGCGGUCUCGCCCGCGAAUGUGGACUUGGUCAACUCCGAGGCGCUGAAGCUCGCCCGUCAGGUGGAUGCUAUGGGCCGCAGGACCAUCGGUGUUCUGUCGAAAUUGGAUUUGAUGGACCAUGGUACUAAUGCGAUGGACAUUCUGUCCGGGCGUGUGUAUCCCUUGAAGCUUGGUUUCAUCGGUGUGGUCAAUCGAUCCCAGCAAGAUAUUCAAUCUGGCAAAUCUCUGUCCGAUGCCUUGCGAGCAGAGUCUGAAUUCUUCCGACACCACCCGGCCUACCGUAACAUGGCCAACCGUUGCGGCACGCACUUCUUGGCCAAGACUCUGAACACGACUCUAAUGUCUCACAUUCGAGACCGUUUGCCAGAUAUCAAAGCUCGGUUGAACACAUUAAUGGGCCAGACUCAACAAGAGCUGGCUAGCUAUGGAAACAAGCAGUUCAGCGGCGAAGAGCACCGUGGCUCACUGAUCCUCCAGCAGAUGACUAGAUUCGCCGCCUCUUUCAUCUCAUCUAUCGAUGGAACCUCUUCGGAAAUAUCGACUAAGGAGCUGUGCGGUGGUGCGCGCAUCUACUAUAUUUUCAACUCUGUCUUUGGAAAUUCUCUAGAGACCAUUGACCCUACUCAUAAUUUGACUGUUUCGGAUAUCCGAACCGCCAUUCGCAAUUCAACUGGUCCUCGUCCAAGUCUCUUUGUCCCAGAACUGGCCUUCGAUCUGCUGGUCAAACCUCAGAUCAAGCUCCUUGAAUCGCCCUCCCAGCGCUGUGUGGAAUUGGUCUAUGAGGAACUGAUCAAGAUCUGCCACACCUGUGGCAACCAAGAGCUGCUGCGGUUCCCCCGUCUCCAAGGCAAGCUCAUUGAGGUGGUAUCUGACCUUCUUCGCGAGCGCCUCGGGCCGUGCUCAAGCUAUGUGGAAUCUUUGAUCUCGAUCCAGAGAGCUUACAUCAAUACCAACCACCCUAACUUCCUUGGCGCCGCUGCUGCUAUGUCCUCAAUCAUCCAGAACAAGCAGGACGAAGAGAGGAAGGCAGUACUAGCCGAGGAGAAGCGGAAACGUGAGAAGCGCCGCCAAAAGGAACUGGGUGCCCCGAAUGGGACUGGAGGCCCCGACGAUGAAGAAGACCCCAAGACCCUCCCUCUCCGAACCCAGUCAAGCAAGGGUUCUCGGAGCCUGUCCCCUCACGUUGGACGCGGGAGUGAGAAUGGCAUUGCUGCGACAUUGAAUGGCGCUCAUUCCAACCACGCCGGAUUUGGUGUUGGUUCGAACACUGCGCGUGACUCUUUCCUAAACUACUUCUUCGGCAAGGAGGGCACUCAAAAUACCGCUCUUCCCCCAGCUGGUGUGAGCUCCCACCGCUCUAACCCACACCCCAGCGAGCCGAGCAUCAGCCAGAGCAUUCGCCGUGCCGAAGUUCGGUCUCCGGUGCUGCCCGCAGAGGAAUAUACAGCCCCACAGCCCGAAUUUGGUGAUCUCUCUAAUUUCCCUCACGAAAACACUGAGCCUGCACUCACUGACCGUGAAAUGCUUGAAUGCGAGCUCAUCCAGCGCCUGAUCUCAUCAUACUUUGCAAUUGUCCGGGAAACCAUCGCAGACCAGGUUCCCAAGGCAGUUAUGCACCUUCUUGUCAAUCACUGCAAGGAUGUUGUUCAGAACCGACUUGUGAGUGAGCUUUAUAAGGAGGAUCUGUUCAGCGAGCUUCUUUAUGAGGAUGAUGGCAUCAAGGCCGAGAGAGAGAAGUGUGAGAAGCUCUUAGAGACAUACAAAGAGGCUGCCAAGAUCGUUGGCGAGGUGUUAUAG